GCGUCUUCCCCUUCCAACGGGCUGCUGGAGCUUCGGCCGGAGGCGGCGCUCCCUUGGCUGGCAAGAAGACGCGGGAAUGGACGCGAUGGAGCCGGGCUCGCUCUUGCUGGACGUGGCCAACUGGAGCACCAUCGCGGCCUGCCUGGUGCUCAAGUUGCCCCAGGGAGCCGCUUUGGUGGCCGCCCGGUCCGCCCGAGGAGUCAGCUUGGGAAGUUUAGUGCUGGAGCUCGCCGGUUUCCUUGUCUGCCUGAGAUACAUGAGUUACUACCGUCAUCCUCCACUAACAUAUAUAGAAUACCCCCUCAUGAUUGUGCAAGAUAUCAUUCUUUGCCUGCUUGUUCUGCAUUUCAAUGGCAAAAUGAAGCAUGCUUUGCCUUACACAGUCAUAUUUGUGGCAGGAUGGUAUGCUCUAACGCUGCAAGAAUGGAUACUGGACUUGAGCAUGAACCUGAGCACGGUGGUCAGCGCCGCAAGUAAACUCGUUCAGCUCCGGUGUCUUUGGCAGACUAGAGAUUCUGAACAAGUGAGUGCCACAACUUGGGGAUUAGCCAUAUACACCUGUGCAGCAAGAAUAUUUACAACAUUAAUGACUACGAAGGAUUCUACAGUUCUGAUCCGUUUUGUUGUCAUGAUGGCUCUUAAUAUUUGGGUCAUCACUACUAUAUUGGAAUACCGGAAGGCUAAGAAGCAAGACUAAGAUGCCGAUCCUCCCCCUUUUAAAACAACGUGGACUAAAAUUAAGACAUUCCAUUAAAUGAGAGCUGAUGUUUACCUAUUUUACGCGUACCUAACAUUCAGUGCCAAUACCUCAGAUGCAUUAUGAUGUUUAUGCUUACUGUUUGUAAAAAUAAUUGGCUGGAUGAACAAAGGGUUUCAUUUUUUAUGAACAGAUUGCAUAACAGACUUCUCAAACGGGGUGAUUUUUAUUUGUUGGUUUAUCUCCAUGGACAAUCCCACUCUUCUAACUCAGUAGGACCAACAACAGUUGCAAACCAACAAGAAAACAAAUGUUUUAUAUAUAUUGAAUUGCUGGAUUUUCAGAACUGCGUUUCUGGCAACUGUGGGGUUUUUUCCAUUAAGAUAAAAUUUAUCUUAUCUUUAUAAACCAGCCUAUCCAGGAAAUCUUUCUCUGAUUUCCUCAUGCUAAACGGCCCUCUAAAUCUUCAUCUUAAAAAAGACCUGUGUAUUUUAUUUAGUUAAGGGCAUUUCAAAAGAGCUUCAACUACCAAAAAAAAAAAAAAUGAAUUCUUUUAUUUCAAUUCCUGCAUUUUAAAUAUGUUAAACUUGAUACUUUGCUUGGGUCUAAUUUUUUUGAACCAAAUUUGUAUUGCUAUUUUGAGUAGCUGUUAACUGUUAUACUUUGGUUUCAAAUAUAGACAAAUACACAAAACCUGAAGAACAUCAACAAUAUUUCAGCAAUUGUUUGAACUUGGUUUAGUGUCCCUCUAAGUUUCGAGAAGUAUAAAUGUAUCAUCAGAACUUAAUUCUGAAAGUUCCUUUAGCAAUAAAAAACGGGGGCAUUUAAAAAAAAUAGUAAAGCUCUGUGUCUAUUCUUUGAACUAAGUAUGCAGCUUUCUGCAAUUAAACUUAAUUAAAGAAAUAAAGUGCUUUUGU